CUUCAGACAACAAAGAGGACCAGUCUUUCAUUUACUGUUAAGAUUGAAACAACGAUGAGCACAGAGGUGAUUCAGUGGACAGUCCAAGAUGUGGCUGAUUGGUUGACUGCAAACUGUUUCCAGGAUUUCGUCCCUACAUUACAAGACAGGAAACCACAGCAAUCACAUGAGACCUGCUUUUCAGACUGGUUGAACAGAGGCUACACACACUAGAGAAACAAAGCAUUGAAAAAGGGAGAAAUGAGAGGCUUUUGCUGUGUUGUUCUUUGGAUAUUUCCAAUUUUUUCUUCCACAUUAGCACCUCCAGAACGUGAGUUUUGUCGUAAGGUUCCAGAGAAAUGUCGGACGGAACAGAAUGUUCCAUUGUGUAUUGAAGAUAGAAUGAAAAAUUGUGUUAAAAAUUAUCGAGGCCCUUGGAGAUAUGACCCAAACAUUUUUUCUACACUAAUUUCCUCAGAGGAAACAGUCGAUACAGAUAGAGGAUAUAUGAUCCACAUCUCAGACGAGGCAUUACAGAGGAGCAGUAAUGGACAGGGGGAAGCAAAUUUAUUUGUCUCUCUUCUCAAUGAGACUUUCUUCAGGGUCAACAGCAGUUUAAACACCAAGAAGGGGAAAGACUCAAGUAAGCCAGACACAAUAUUGCACGGGCAAACUGUGUUAGGAGUGUGGCUUGGUAAGAAUGAAGUUCAGAACCUUUCUCAGCCUGUUCAGAUCAGAUUCAUAGACACCAAACAGAGUCAAAAUGGAACCUGUGUCUACUGGCAUUUUGAAGACAAUGGCAAAGGUAAUUGGAGGACAGACGGCUGUAAUACUACCAUCGACAACGGAGACUUUGUAUGCAGCUGUAAUCAUCUGAGCUUUUUUGCAGUGCUCAUUGAACUGGCUCCAGAAAUGACUUCUUCAGUAUUCCAAAUGUGUACCUGAGUUCAGAAGGGUUGCUCAAGUUCAGUCCAUAUAUCAGUCCCAGCAACAUGGUUUUGCAGACUGUAAACUGCUAUAGGUCCUGAAGAACUGUAUCUUCCAACACUCCAACAUCUGCUGGACUGUCUUCAAUGAUGCAGCUUCAAAUAGAUUCCCACGAGUCUUCCGGAUCACCUCCUGAUUGCUGCCAACCUCUGUAUCCUAGAAGUAUUUAAAAGGAUGGAGAACUCAAAUUCUUUCGUAUUAACUUUAACAAAGCAUUUAUUAACCUUGAAAAAAAAA